GAUGAAAUCGUUUCUUGUUUGUAUUGUUAUUUGCAUUCUAAUAAGUAGUUCAUCUCUGGCGAAAAAGUAUAAAGACACUGAAAAGCCAUCAUGGGCGAAAAAAGACAUACGCGAUUUCAAUGACGCCGACAUGGAACGCCUGCUGGAGCAGUGGGAGGAAGACGAAGAACCGCUAGAACCGGACGAAUUGCCAGAGCAUUUGAGACCACCACCGUCGAUUGAUAUGGCCAACGUGGACACUUCUGACCCUGAAAACAUUCUAAAAUUGUCGAAAAAAGGCCGCACCCUGAUGUCUUUCGUUUCAGUUAAUGGCAACCCGACGCGUGAAGAAACGGAAGAAAUAACUAAGCUGUGGCAGACGAGCUUGUGGAACAACCACAUACAGGCCGAGCGCUACUUGAUCGAUGAUAAUCGGGCUAUCUUUAUGUUUAAAGACGGUACUCAGGCCUGGGAGGCAAAGGACUUUCUGGUGGAACAGGAACGAUGCCUUCACGUCUCGAUUGAGAAUAAAGAGUACAAGGGCAAACACAAUCGGGAUGAAUUGUGAGUCUACCGGCGCAGCUAGGCGGUGAAUCGCUAGAGCGGAAGCAACUUAAGGUUAGCUAGGUUCGUCGUGUUGAAAUGCAUUGAAUUACCAUUAUGU